AUGACGUGUUAGGGUUAUGCGCCCUGUGAAAGUUUGUGGUUUGUUUACUUAAAAGUGUUUUCUUGUUUCUUGUUUUCUUUAACCUAAAUUUAAAAUGCAUCCGAACAGACGUAGAAAAAAACGUCCUAACUAUGGAAUAAGAACUGUGGAAGUUAUAAGAGGACCAAAUGGAUUUGGCUUUACAAUAUCCGGACAACAGCCUUGUAUUUUAUCAUGUAUUGUAAGUAAUUCUCCAGCUGAUCAAGCUGGCUUACGUGCAGGAGAUUUUUUAAUAUCCGUGAACGGGGUGUCUGUAUCAAAAAUAACACAUGACGCCGUUGUGGGGCUAAUAGGAAAUUGCGUGGGUCCUAUAAAGAUGACUAUUGCUGAAAACUAUUAUUCUGACAGUAGCGAUGAAGAAAUGGAUUGUGGGAGGAUGGUUAAUAGUCGAAAACCAAAAUAUAUGCAUAAACCUAGACAGCGAGUGCAUAAGGGAGAUCUAAGGAGAGCUGUAGUAGAAACUAGUGAAAAGAAUGUGAUAAAAAUGAGGGAAUGUUUUUCUAAGCAGCCAGUAAGUGAUUCUCGUUUAAAUACAAAUGUCUAUAAUGAAGAACCUAUUCAUGGUGUUUUAAAUAUUUCUAAUCCAUUACCUAUGGAAGACGAGGCCGGUCCAAUUGAAUACAAGGCAUUAGUGGGUUAUUUAGGCACUAUUGAAAUGCCAAAACAACUGUUACCUAGUUCACGAUUGCAGACAGUUUGUAGUUGUAUUCGUAAACUCAGACAAGAAAAAAGAACUCCCACUGCUGUGUUAAUGACAAUAUUACCUACUUGCCUAACUUUAAAAAAUGCUUCUAAUCAUAUACUCGCCAUAUAUCCUACUAACCGUGUUGUAUAUGUCGGAUCAACAGCUGACCGAGAAUCAAGAUAUUUUGGAUUAGUAACAAGCGCUGUUUGUGAUACUAGAAAUGAAAGUUUGCAAAAACGAUAUGGUGAGAAUAGUUAUCAACAGGAUGAGAAAAAAUUUAAUAAUGCCGAUAAUGGUGUUGAAAUUUCAAAUAGCUGCCAUGUAUUUGUUACUGAUCCAAAAAUUGUAGAUCACAGUAUACAUCAGAAAAAGGCAGAAAGUUUCAAAAUAACGUGUACAGCAGACCCAAUUACUGGAAACUGUUUAGAAUUCCCUCGAAAUGCACUGUAUAUAGUGAGUUUGGUUCAGAACAUGUAUAAAUUGCAAACUAACGAUGGUAAUCGAAACAAUGACAAUUUGGGGCCGCUGGUAGCUAAUUCUCCCCAACCUAGUGCUUCAAGCAAUUCAGAUUCAGGUAUAGGUUUCCGGGAUGACUGUGGCAAUAUUAGUGAUAGAAUUUUAGUUGUUGAAUUCCCAAUGCAUCGUCCAUUACCACUUUUAAAUAAUAGUAACAGACCCUCAGGCAUAGAUGCUGCGAAUACACCACUUGAAGGUUUGGAUAAUGUACCACUUAAUAAUGAUCAAGCACAAUUAAUCGAAUUAAAUAAUAUGCGUUCUCAAAAUAACUUAAUUUUAGAUAGACAAAAUAAUUUGUCAAAAAGUGAAAGUAACGAUAAAAAUGCCGACAUGAAACAAUUUAAUAAUUUGAAUAACAUUAGAGCCUGCGAAGGAGUUAGCAAAAAAAAUAUUGAAAAAAAUGAGAAUUUGGUAAAAGCCGACUAUACAUGCAAGCAAAAUAAUGAUAGUGACCAAUACACUGACUAUAGCAGAUUAACGUGUAGAGCUAUGCCAGAUGCAUGUGUAAAACUUCAAAGGGGAAUGUCUCCAACUAGUGUAUUAAGUUCUGAUGAUAAUACUCGCAAUGCAGAUGUAGAUACAGGGCAGAUAUACACUGAAAGGGCAGUUGACGUACCUGAUAAUAGCCCUAGCAAAAAGUCAUAUGAAUGUGUAUCUCUGCAUUCAGUAAAUGAUGAUCCUGAUUUUAAAGGCUCUGUAGAUAGCGUUUCCAUGCAUAGUUCGAAAAGUAUAGAGUUAGCGAAUUUGAUAAAUAUUUUUAAGGCACCCUUUGAAAGUAAAAGAAGUAAAAGACAGCUAAAAAUGGUGAGCAGUUGCGAUAAUUUAGACAAAUACAAUGAGAACAUUAUGAACUAUAAAUUAAGUCCAAAAGUUUAUGGUUUGUCUAAGCCAAAUUACAGCUGCGAGGAGUUAAAUAAUUUUGAUUCCGUGGAAAAAUAUGGAUAUGGCAGCCUGCAGGAUUUAUAUAGCUGGAAUGAUCAAAGCCAGACUAGAAGAAACAUUGCCCAAAGUGAACCAGAUGUGCGGAUUCCAAGGAAUGUGGGUGUCAAUUUGUGUGACCAGAAUGGCGUUGCGAAAUGCAGUAGCACGGAAGGACCGGCCGCUUGGGCCACCUCUUUUGAGAAAUUGCUGGAGGAUCCGGCAGGGCUGCACACUUUUGCUGAAUUUUUGAAAAAGGAAUUCAGCGCUGAAAAUAUAUACUUCUGGACAGCAUGUGAAAGGUAUCGUAAAUUGUCUCCUGGCAAUGAGAGAAUCGUUGAGGCUGAAAGAAUUUAUCAACGGCAUCUUAGUGUGGGCGCUCCAGAAGCAGUGAAUGUUGACGCACACGGUAGACAGUGUGCAGAGCAGUGUCUACAAGACCCAACUUGUACCUUAUUCGAUCAGGCUCAGAAACAAAUAUUCAAUUUAAUGAAAUUUGAUAGUUAUCCUAGAUUUUUGAAAUCGGAUAUUUACAAGCAAUGCUUGUCCGGUGAUAUAGAAAAACCUGCAUUAGACGCAGGCUUGAUGAUACACACACCUACAUCAACACCCUCUAAGUUAAAAAAAUCUCUUAGUAAUGCAGAGGACAGGAGGAGAAAAUCUUUAUUGCCGUGGCAUAGGAAGAACAGAUCAAAAUCUAAGGAUAGAGGGGAGAUUGAAUAUACACAAAAACGGAGCGACAUUAACGCCAGUAAUGAAAAUGUCGAUGACCAAAUAGGCAAAACUGGUAGGACUGAUUUACAUUCCAGCCAUUCUUCAUUAACUUCUCUGGAUCUUGCUAUUUUAAACCAGGAUGUGACUAAGGCAAGAUUAACAAACCUGGAUGAAUUGAAUAUGAAUGGAAAUAGGACACCUUUGUGUAAGGUACUUUUAAGUAAUGGCAGUACAACAGUUGUUCAAAUUAAAGAAUCUGAAACCAUUCAGCAACUCGUGACGCGGGUACUGGAUAAACGGGGCAUCGCAUAUUCAUCUUUUGAAGUGUUCACUAAUAAACAGCCAAAGCCGAUGGAUAUAAGUGAACCUUCCACUAAAUUAGCAGGCUGUGAAGUAACGGUAGAGCAAAGGGUCGUUUUUAAAUUGGACCUCCCCAACCGUAAAAUUAUUUCGGUUAAAUCGAAAUAUACCAAAAUUAUUGUGGACGUCUUAAGGCCCAUCCUACAUAAAUAUCAGUACAAUUUGGAGCAGGUUGUGGUGACCAAUAUGAACAGUGCUAUAGAUCUGCACCUCCCCGUUACUUCGAUAGAUGGAGCUCGACUUAAUGUGCAACUUCUUGAAGAUGUAAAACAUGAUAAAACUGGUACUGUGUUAAGAAUGAAUAAUAUUAAGUCGUCCAAGCUGGACGAGAUAACCAAUAAAGUAUUUGAGGGAAUCCUUCAAGAAAAAGCAGAUGCAGUGUCUUUUAAACCUACUAAAUCAGAUAAAGGAUCUGUUAAGAGUGAAGACUGGGGAUCUGAACACUCAUCUGGGAUUAUUGGAAAAUUCCUCCGUCGAGAUUCUGGUGUACAUGAUCGAAAAAAAAGACUAAUCGGACCCAAGUUUAAAGGAACUUCUCACAGUGGUAGCACCGAAGAUGUAGAAAAUGAGCAGAAUCAGAUUAAGAAGCCGUUAAUUGCCAAGUGGAAAGCUGGUGCUAAUAAACUUCAUGUUACUUGUAGCGAAAGCGACGAAUUGGUUGAGGGUUUAACGAGAGCCCAGAGGUGCCGUCUCGAAGAUCAGCGUGGUACAGAAAUAAAUUUUGAACUGCCGGAUUUUCUAAAAGAAAACGAACAUAACUUUCACAAACCAAUAAGAACAAACGAAACGGAAACUAAUAGCCGAUUCUACCUUGGCGAGACCAGGCUUCCUCUAAAAGUAGAACGGAAUCCCACGGCAGCUUCGGCGAAAAAAUUAGAACAGUCAAAUUACGAGAACAGGAAUGUUUUACUGGCGAAUGAGUCUUCUAGGAUAAAUAAUAAAUUGAUCUGUAACCAAAAUCAGCACUCUAGAAUGAACAGCUCGAGGGUGAUGUCGCCAUGUAAUUUAUCUUCCGAGGAAAGUUCAAAGUCAAAUCAGUCGACACCUUCGAAAUGUAGUAGUUUAGAAAAUACCGUUAUAGAAAACACAAAUGCCAAUAAGAACAAUGAUCCUCCUCCAUUACCACCUAAACCAAAAAUAGUUCCAAUCAAACCACCAAACUGGGGUCAAUUAAACGGCUUUCACAAGUCAAAGAACAUUUCAGUGCCCAAUGAUAGAAACCAAGGGAUGUUCUUAGAACAGCCCUCUAGCAGCUUUGUGUAAAGUAUUAGUGAAUAUUGUGCAAAUCGUUGUACAUUAAUAUAUUUUUUAUAAAUUGAAAUAUUAGCUUUAAAAUGGUAUUAAUAACUUAUUGGACUAUUUUAUUUUGUAUUUCUCAGAAAUAUUGUAUUAUUUAAUAAUAUAUUUUUUACGUUAA